AUGGCAAUGGUCUCUGCGAUGUCCUGGGUCCUGUAUUUGUGGAUAAGUGCUUGCGCGGUGCUGCUCUGCCAUGGAUCCCUUCAGCACACUUUUCAGCAGCAUCACCUGCACCGACCAGAAGGAGGGACGUGUGAAGUGAUUGCUGCGCACAGAUGUUGUAAUAAAAACCGCAUUGAGGAGCGGUCGCAAACAGUCAAGUGUUCCUGUCUACCUGGGAAAGUGGCUGGAACGACAAGAAACCGACCUUCCUGUGUCGAUGCCUCCAUUGUGAUCGGGAAAUGGUGGUGUGAGAUGGAGCCUUGUCUAGAAGGAGAAGAGUGUAAGACACUCCCUGAUAAUUCUGGAUGGAUGUGUGCUACAGGCAAUAAAAUCAAGACCACAAGAAUUCACCCAAGAACCUAA